GUUUAUCAAGCCCUUGCACAUUGGAAGAUCGCGCACAGCGAGCCGUGCUCGCAGGGCUGUGCUUGCUUGGAUCGCUCAUUCUGGAGAUGGGCAGUCAUUGCGUCGCCGUGAUCCCACAGACGUACGUCGCUGGAUGGCUUCUGUUAGCGUGUGCUGUUUUAUGUGUACAAGUUUUCACUCCUUCCCGUUGCAAUUUCCAACAAGAGCCAUCGGCAAUCGCAGAUGGCAUUUUUCGAUGUUACGCGCAGUUGUGUUUCGCACUUGGCCGCCGACGUUUGCAUCUUCAGACCGGCGCCUCAGCUUUGAUGCCAGGGCUGCCAUGUUCACAACAAGCAUUUGCUGAGCCUGGCACUUUGUCUGCAGCAUGUCCGCGCAAGAUGCUGCAAACUGCAGGAAGCGAGCAGGGCAGAUGCAGCCGAACAGCAAUGUUCAAUAGAGGUUCCGGUCUGCAACAGGAGCAAACUUCCCAGAGACGGUGCUGUCAAGUCUGGGGAAGCACAGAUGCGGCCACGGCGGUGACAUUGAAGUCCAAAACUCGAACGGAGGUGUUUGGACUUGUUAAGCACAAAAGUGUGAAAAUACGACCGAAAGAUGAAUUGUCGACAGAGCUUCCAAAUGAUCCCCGUUGUACACUUGAGACUGGCAGGAUGUUGUUAGAGAACGUGCACUUCUUUUGGUGUUGGCCGCUGGCAGCUUUUGGCGCAGUUGCGGAAGUUGUAACCAGGAGAUCUGCAUCGCUUUCCUUCGCAGAUGAUCAAGAUUGCGAAGACCUUGUUUGCCAGCAUCCAAAGCAGAAGGUAUCCGUUUCUUCAACAAAUUGCAAGAUGCGAUCGCGAGAUCUGCCUCCAGUUACAACCAUUUCUCAACCGAAGCAACGCCUUGGGGACAGUAUGUUUGCGUCGCGCACGCAAGUCCCUGGAAAGGGCACAAGAGAGUCUGCAUGCAGCGUUGUUUUGCAUCCAGAGAAGGAGAACAUCGAGCCUGUCAAACUAAUGGCAGAAGCCCAGACUACACAGCUGAUGGGUUGUUCUUCCAAGACGAAGCCCAAAGGCAUCUGCCAGGGAAGUUCUUCUGCGGUCCAUAUGGCUGUUCAAGCGGACAUGGAGUUGAGUGCAGGAACAAAGGCAAGACUUCAGCUUGGGAGAAGAUGCCAGGGUCAGACGCGAAACCACAACAACGGUUUGGUGAAUUCGGAGCUUUCUUUGAGGGAGCAGGCAUCUAUUGGCAAGUUGGGUGCGCCCGGUUUUGUCGAAUGUCCUGUUCCAUGCGAGGUCUUCAUUGAUCCAGAGUUCCGGGAAGCGCCUCAGGAUGCAGCUUCACUUGCUCGCGUCCUUGACCGUGCUGAGAGAGUCCAUGGCGAGGUGAUGAAACUCCUUCGGCAGCAGCGCAAGUCUCUUCAGGUCUGCUGCCUCACCGCGAUGGAUCGGUGA